UUUUGAUUAAUCUUUGAUCUACACAAUGAUGAUGAGUCGCUAUGGAGCUAAGGUAAUGGUAACUGCUGGACCAAGGCUCUUCUCUUCCAGUGCCAUGUCUCCCAACCAUCUUUUAAAUUCUAGGGUUCCGGCGAGAGAAUUCAGCAAGAUGACAUUUGAGAAGAAGAAAACGGAGGAUAACCAAUCGGAGAAAGGUUCAAGUGGUGGCAAGGGUGAUCAAGGGAACAAAGGGGAGCAAUUGGUCGUUAGCUAUUGGGGAGUGAAGCCUAUGAAGAUCACCAAAGAUGAUGGAACUGAAUGGAAAUGGAGCUGCUUUCGGCCAUGGGAGACGUAUAAAGCAGAUCUGACGAUAGAUUUGAAGAAGCAUCAUGUUCCAUCGACUUUACCGGACAAAUUAGCUUACUGGACGGUUAAAUCUCUCCGAUGGCCUACCGAUUUGUUCUUCCAGAGGCGGUACGGAUGCCGAGCGAUGAUGUUGGAAACGGUAGCAGCGGUUCCAGGAAUGGUCGGAGGAAUGUUAGUACACUGCAAAUCGCUGAGGCGGUUUGAACAAAGCGGCGGUUGGAUCAAAGCACUCCUUGAAGAAGCAGAGAACGAGAGAAUGCACUUGAUGACAUUCAUGGAAGUCGCAAAACCCAAUUGGUACGAACGUGCCCUCGUGAUCGCCGUUCAAGGCGUUUUCUUCAACGCAUAUUUUCUCGGAUACAUAAUCUCGCCCAAGUUUGCUCACCGUAUGGUUGGAUACCUCGAGGAAGAGGCAAUCCACUCUUACACUGAAUUCCUCAAGGAACUUGAUAAUGGUAACAUCGAAAACGUUCCUGCACCAGCCAUAGCCAUUGAUUACUGGAGGCUCCCUGCUGAUGCAACGCUUCGUGAUGUUGUCAUGGUGGUUCGUGCUGAUGAAGCACAUCACCGUGACGUUAACCAUUAUGCAUCCGAUAUUCAUUACCAAGGUCGUGAACUUAAGGAAGCUCCAGCUCCAAUUGGAUAUCAUUGAAUUUAUUUUUAUCUUAUUGAAU